AUGAGCGCGGAAAAGUACACAGACUACAGGCAGCCGAAUGACGAUUUGCUUUGGUCGCCAUCAACGAAUGCAUCCAACAACUACAGUCUAUCGUCAAUGGGCGUGGAUAGCCCACCAGAGUACAGCUCCUCAUUGCCGCCGAUAAACAUACUCGGGCGGGAGACAACGUUUAAUAACAGCAGAUCACUGCCAUCGUCUAUACCAAUGAAUGAGUUAUCCAUCAAUCCAUCACAUAUCACUGUACCGCCUCCACUCGAUUUCGAUCUCGGCUUGCGUUUGACUGACGAUAACGGCGUGACUAUCACAUGUCCAAGAUACGAGCAACAGGAAGAAAAUAGCUUGGAUGAGAAAGAAUUAGAUGACGAUGACUACGCUGAUGAUUUCGUUGAAGGAGAUUUCGACGAUGAUGACGAUUGGGGUUGUGCACAUGCCGAGCACGGUACCUCAGCCAAACGGGGACAGUCAGCUUAUAGUCACCCUAGAGCAAAGUCACCAACGCCAAUGGUUGACACGGAUAUUACUAAGCGUAGUAGAGGACGGAGAGUGCCUACGCAAGACAAUCAGCGCGUGUUUAAAUGUCCAGAUGCUCGCUGUCAGAAGGUAUUUGUCAGGAACGAGCAUCUCAAGAGACAUAUCAAGAGCUUACAUAGAGACGAGAAACCAUUUGAAUGUUUAGAUGCUGGGUGUAACAAGAGAUUCACCCGGUUAGAUAACAUGUAUCAGCACCUUAGAGUACAUGAUAAAGACUCAAAGACUCAAAGCAGGAGAAGAUCAUCAACUUGUGCAUCCAACUCACGCAAGCGUUAG